AUGUAUGCUUGUGAAUCGUACGAAAUGAAAGUAGAUCCUGGGGAGAUAUUCAAAAAUUACAACCACAAUGAAACUGUAAAAUGCAUUGAUAGUUUAAGAGAUAAUAUAAUUAACAAAGAAGACGCAAUUAAGGAUUUUUUAAAAAAGAAAAGCAGCAAAGUAAUUGAUAAUACGAUUAAAAUUAAGAACAUAUACGGAAAUGUGGAGAAAAUAAAACACAACAUAGAAUAUAUAAUUAGCAAUUACAACAAGUUAAUUAAUGAUGUGAAGAGUUCAGCAGGUGUUACUUUUAAAGAAUCUUGUUAUACGAAAGAAUUAAAUGAAUCUGAAAAAAAUAUCAUAAAAAAUGUAUGGAUGCAAAAAUAUGACAAGUAUGAAUUCUUAUUCAACAAUUCAUUUUUUUUAUUAAAUUCGGAAGAAAACAAUUACUAUGAUUUUGUUAAGAAAAAAAAAGAAGAUUUAAUUAAUUACGAUUGUUUUUACUUAAACAAUUAUAUAAACAAUAUUUAUUUUGAUAUUAAUAAAAAAGUGAGUGAAGAAAAUUAUAUAUAUGUCGUUAAUAAAGUUUAUACAGAUAUAUUUAUUUGUUUAAAAAUUUUAAAUUCUAUACUUAAAAAUGAAGAAAUUCGGAAUAUUUAUAAAAAAAUAUUUGACAGUCAAAGUUCUUUAUAUUAUUUAAAUUCCUUUGCAAGUAAAUAUAAGGAGAAUUUUUAUGAAAUUUUACUCAAGUUAAUUUACUCCUCUUAUUAUAACUUAACAUAUAAUAAUAAUUGUAAAAUUAAUGCAAUACCAAAAUGUGUAAUUGUCUUACUAAUUUUUUACAAUCAGAAAAAUUCUCAAUUUAUUGAUAUUAUAAAAAAUAAUUUAUUCGAGGAAAUUCUGAAUGCAAGAAUAAAUUUAAUAAAUAAUUUUAUUAAAAAAAAAAAGUUCCUAGGGGAAAAAAAUUUCCUCUUUGCAAAACUAAAAACCUCUUUUAAAAAAAUCACUUAUUUAUUAUUAAAUACCAAGUAUAUACUGCUCCUUCUAAUUGAUGUAAAAAAGAAGGAUUUGUUGGAAAAAAUAAAAAAAGGGGAAGCACAUAAGGAAGCACUUGAACAAACCCGUGAGGAAAGCCAUGAAGAUGCACGUGAACAAACACCAAAGUUGAAGGAAGGUGAGGAUAAAAUCACACAAAGCGACACUAGUACAAAUGUACAAAUUGAACAAAGUGAAUUAACGUGUGCUAAAAAGGAUACUAUUUUGUUAAAAGAACAGGAGAAAAGUGACAGAAGUGUUAAUAGGAAAUAUUCAGACGAUUCUACAGAAACCCAAGGGAAAACAUUUUUAGAAAUAAUGAAAAAUGAUUUAUUUAUACUACAAGAUUUAUUUCAUGAAGAUAAAAAAAAGGAGAUAAAAAAAUAUAAGGAAUAUUAUAAUUAUGGUAUAAAUAGCACAAAUGAAAUAAAAAAUAUCAUGAACAAAAACAGCAUAGAGAAUUUGAAGCUAUUACAAAAAAAUUACUCCGAAUGUGUUAAUCGUAUUUAUGAUUAUAUGGUACAUUUACUACACCUUUAUUAUUAUGAAAACGAGUAUAAUUUUAUAUGUAAUUUCUUGUUCAAAGAAUAUACGAGUAUCAAACUACUUUAUAAUAAAAUGAAAACAAAAAUUUUAACAAAAGAAAAAUAUUUCAAUAAAUUUAUGAAAGAUGUCGAUUUUUUUAUAAGCAAUGAUUACUUAAAUGCUAUACAUGAUCAAAUCUUUGAAAUUUUUUUUUUUCUAUUUUUUAACAAAUUUAUAAGUGCCAUACCAUUUUUUGAUACGAAACCUAUAAACAAAUGGAAAUUAAUAAUUAUAAAACUUUUGCAAAUUUUAUUUUAUAAUAUAUCAUCUAUGACUUAUGAAAAAACAUUUGAAAUGGAAAGAUAUAUAUUUCAUUCUUUUCUUUUAAAUUCCUUUUAUUUUUACUAUGAAUUUUACACAACCGACUUGGAUUCAAUAUAUACAGAAUUUUGUAAAAUUGAAAAAUACUCCAAUAAGAACGUAAAAAGUAGAAAAAAUUUUCAAAAAGAAUUAUCAGAAUAUUUUCUUACAAAUAAAAAUUCCUCAAAAGACAAAUAUUUUCAUAAUGAAUUUAAAAAAAUAAUAAAAGAAAAAAUACACCCAUUGAUGUUUAAUGCAUAUAAGCUUAUUAUGUAUAUAGAAAGCAAAGAAAUUAACAGCAGCGUGAAUUCUGAUUUUUUCUCAACAAAUGAAGAGGAUACAACUUUGAUAGAUUUUCACAAAGAAUUCAACGCAUUUAUGAAUAUUUUGAAGUACCAAAAAGGGGUACCUUCGAACAUUAGUAAUGAGCACAUUUUGAAAAAGUGUAAUAUGUUACUAAUCUUUUUAAAAUCAACUACUCGAGGGAAAAUCAAUGGGGAGAUGAACUUUUUUCCUAGCACAGAUGAUAGUGGAGUUUUCAAUAACGCAAACAAUGAGCAGCGUGUCGCAAAUAUUGUUAAUGUCUCUAAUGCUGCAAAUAUCGCCAAUGAAAUUUUGAAUUAUGAUAGUUCAACCAAACUUUAUGAUCAAAUUCAGAGGACAGAAGACAUAAAUGAAGAAUACAAAGAAUUGUGGUUUUAUAUUAAUCUUACUAGGUAUAAUAAUAAACAAGAAUUUAGUAAAUUUUUGAAUUGCUAUUGCAUAGGUUUAAAAGAAAGGAAUACAUUGGAGAGUGAAAAAGCGUAUAACAAAGAGAUCAGUUCGGAUAAAGAAAAAUAUUUAAAUGAUGAUUAUUAUUAUAAUUAUUAUCAUAACGAGGGUGAUAGUUGCAUUAGUGGUGAUAUCCAUGGCGAUGAUAGUAACGAUGGCGCGAAGAGCGAACAAAAUUUUUGCUUAAAUGAUUUAAAAAGUAUAUACUUCCAUAUAGUUUAUCAUAUAUUUAAGAUUUCACUGAAAUGCUUUUGUUUGGAACAUUUCGAUAAUUUAGAGUGUUAUUUAGACUUUUUACUGAAUAUGCUAUCAAAUAAUGAUAUGAAAAAUAUAAUAUGUGAAAAAAUGAACUGUCAUUUAGUAAACAUAUUCACCUUCUCAAAUAUAUUUAUAUUAUAUAUUGAAAAAGUAAUAAACACAGAGAUGUAUAGAAGCAUUAUUAUCUUUAUUGUAAAAAGUGUACUACAGAAGAGGAUAUACAAAAUUUAUCGCAAAUUUAUUUGUAAAAUAAAAGAAAUUUAUUUAAAUGAAAGUAGAGAAGAAACAAAAGACAAGAAAAACUUUUUAGAUAAAAAAAUAACGGAAUUGUAUAAUAUAUUACUGCUAGACUUAUGUUUUUGUGAACAAAUUUUAGAUAAAAAUACUAUUAUAAAUAAAUACUUUUAUGAAAGUCUUAUUUCAAGAUAUAGAGAAAAUGAAAUUUACUACAUGCAAGCGUGUUUAUAUUUUAUUCAUAUUUAUAAAGAAAAAUAUAAUGUGUACAGCGAAAAAAAAAUUAAUGAAAAUAAUACAAAAAAACAUCUAUUCUUUAAAAAAUUACAUAAAAAAGACACACACACACAAAAAAAAGUAGAAACUAACCCAUCUAGCUACUUGUUCAAAAUAAUAAUUGAUGAUAUUUUAGCAGAGCUAAAUAAGUUAGAUAAUCUUAAUAGUAUUAUUUUUCAAAAACACAUACGCCUACUAUCUCAAAAUAUCAUAAGAAAUUCUUAUUUAUUAUAUUACUUAUUCGCCCACAGUUCAACAUUAAAUAACUUACUAUUAAAUGUACAAAAAGAGGAGAAGCAAAAAUCGCUAGAAAUUUUUAAUUUUAAUGAAAUUCAUAUGAUUGAUAACAGUCUUAUUGAAGAUAAAUUGUUCAAGUUUUUUUUUUAA